AUGUCGAGUGAUGACCAGCAGAUUUUGGGGGUGCUCGCCGGGUACUCGAAAGACGUCCGCAACUUCACCGGAUCGAUAUGGGAUGCCACUGAUGCGCAUUUUGCCCAUGUAGCCGGAUACAUCAAGAAAAGCCUCCCUGAAGGUUGGCUGCCAGAACGCGCACGACCGCGCCCGCCCCCUCCGCCCCCGCAUCCCAUCACCGGUGCCUACCUACAUCGCCUGCAAGACUGGGUGUCUAGGAAUCGGGCCUUGACUGCAGCUAUUGUCGCCUUUGUCAGCACUGGUGGUUUCUUGGUAUGGAGAGAACAAAAGAAAUACAACCGCAAACGACGAGCGCGACGGGCGAGCAAUGGAGCGAGGAGGGAGGUCGUGGUUCUCGCGGGACCACCCAACUCCCCCAUCGUCCGAUCGCUAUCCCUGGACCUCGAACGGCGCGGCUUUAUCGUAUACAUUGUGUGCUCGAACAUGGACGAAGAGCAGCAGGUCCUCAGCGAGUCGAGAGCAGAUGUGCGACCGCUGCACCUGGACAUUGUAGACACGAUGGGCACAAAAGAGGCCAUUCAGAACUUCAACGAGCUUCUGGUGAAACCCCACGUCGCUUUCUCUGGGGCAAGCCCACACAACCUCAACCUUAGUGGUGUUAUAUUGGUGCCGGACCUCAUCUACCCUACAGGGCCUGUCGAAACCGUGACGCCUGAGCUUUGGUCCGACGCGCUGAAUGCCAAAGUGCUCAACACGAUUGCAGUGACUCAAGCGCUGCUCCCGACAGUUUGUGAGUUCAAAUCCCGGGUGCUGAUGCUCACACCCAGCAUCAUUGCGUCAUUACGGCCGCCAUUCCAUAGCGUAGAGACGACCAUUGUGAGCGCACUCGAGGGGUUCCUGGCCUCGCUCAGGGCGGAACUAGGAACCCUUGGCAUUGAGGUUUUGCAAUUUCAUCUCGGAACAUUUGAUCUCACAAACGUGGGCCCAAAACAUCAUCUCCAGACCAGGGGACUUGCAAGUCCGCACGCCUGGCCAGCGACGACCAGAGCGCUGUAUGCCAACAACUUUGAAGCGCAAACGCGCGUUGCGCAAAACAGGGGAUUGCUAAAUCACAGUGGCUCCAGUCUUCGGGAAUUACACAACGGCGUGUUCGACGCACUCACGCAGAAGCGGCCAAGAAAAGUAUGGCGUGUCGGGCGUGGUAGUGUGACAUAUGAUCUGGUAGGCAACUGGGUACCAACUGGACUUGUGGGAUGGAUGAUGGGGUUAACACGUGUGUCCCUUGACACGGCGUCUGAGCCAAAGCUAGAGGAUAGCGUACAACUACAAUCGUGGGAGAGGAUCGAUGCGAUGGCUUAG